UGUUUGUGCUUAGUUGGGUUUCUCGAUUUGGCACUGCAGAACGCUGGCCUCCUUAAAAUUAGCUCUGGAGGCAUUCAAUGGAAGAAGCAAGGUGGUGGGAAGGUUGUGGAAGUCGAGAAAUCUGAUAUUGUAGGUCUCAGUUGGAUGAAGGUUCCAAGAACAAAUCAAUUGGGAGUCUUAACCAAAGAUGGUAUACACUACAAGUUACUUGGAUUUCGGGAUCAGGAUGUUACAAGCCUGACCAGCUUUUUCCAAGGAACUUUUGGGAAAACGCCUGAAGAGAAACAGCUAUCUGUCACUGGUCGCAACUGGGGGGAGGUGGAUUUGAAUGGGAAUACACUAACCUUUGCGGUAGGUGGAAAGCAAGCUUUUGAAGUAUCACUAGCUGAUGUUUCACAGACUCAGAUUCAAGGGAAAAAUGACGUCGUAUUGGAGUUUCAUGUUGAUGAUACUGCUGGUGCCAAUGAGAAAGACUCGUUGAUGGAGAUAAGUUUUCAUGUUCCUAACUCCAACACUCAGUAUGUUGGUGAUGAAAAUCGUCAGCCUGCUCAAGUUCUCCGCGACAAAAUCAUGGCAAUGGCUGAUGUUGGUACCGGAGUUGAGGAGGCGGUCGUCACGUUUGAGAGUAUUGCGAUCCUCACUCCCAGGGGUCGGUACAGUGUGGAGCUUCACCUUUCUUUCUUACGUUUGCAAGGACAAGCUAAUGACUUUAAAAUCCAAUACAGUAGUGUUGUCCGCUUGUUUUUACUUCCAAAGUCAAACCAGCCACACACAUUUGUUGUCAUCUCUCUAGACCCACCAAUCCGGAAAGGUCAGACCUUGUACCCCCAUAUUGUGAUGCAGUUCGAGACCGACUAUGUCUUCGAAAGUGACAUCGCAAUUAGUGAUGAUCUUAUGAAUACAAAGUUCAAGGACAAGUUGGAGCGAUCAUAUAAGGGUCUCAUUCAUGAAGUGUUCACCACGGUGUUGCGUUGGCUGUCUGGUGCAAAGAUCACUAAACCAGGGAAGUUCCGCAGUGCCCAAGAUGGGUUUGCAGUGAAAUCAUCUCUCAAGGCAGAAGAUGGUGUUCUUUAUCCACUUGAGAAGGGCUUCUUCUUUUUACCUAAACCUCCAACGCUUAUACUUCAUGAUGAGAUUGACUAUGUGGAGUUUGAAAGGCAUGCUGCUGGUGGUGCUAACAUGCAUUAUUUCGAUCUUCUCAUAAGACUGAAAACUGAUCAGGAACAUCUGUUCCGGAACAUUCAGAGAAAUGAGUAUCACAACCUCUAUACCUUCAUAAGCUCUAAAGGUUUGAAGAUAAUGAACCUUGGAGGUGCGGGUGAAACAGACGGCGUUGCUGCUGUUCUUCGGGAUAAUGAUGAUGAUGCUGUUGACCCUCAUCUCGAGCGUAUCAGAAACCAAGCUGCUGAUGAGAGUGACGAGGAGGCAAACUUUGUUAUGGAUGAUGACGACGACGGUGGUUCACCAACUGAUGAAUCUGGCGAGGACGACUCUGAUGCUAGUGAUGGCGGCGGAGGAGAGAAAGAGAAAUCUAUCAAGAAGGAACCCAAGAAAGAGGCUUCGUCGUCGUCGUCGAAAGGAUUGCCCCAAAAGAAGAAAGCAGUAGCCACAGAAGAAGGCGGUAGUAAGAAGAAGAAGCAGAAAAAGAAGAAGGAUCCCAAUGCACCAAAGAGGGCAAUGUCUGGUUUCAUGUACUUCUCCCAAAUGGAAAGAGAUAACGUAAAGAAGACUAACCCAGGAAUAGCAUUUGGAGAUGUGGGGAAGGCGCUUGGAGAUAGGUGGCGUCAGAUGACUGCCGAGGAAAAAGAGCCGUAUGAAGCAAAGGCACAAGUCGACAAGAAGCGAUACAAGGAUGAGAUUACUGGUUACAACAAAAAUCCUCCUCCGACGCUUGUAGACUCGGGGAACGACUCG